CGAGAAAUUGAACCCUAAGAAGCGAAAAUCACAACACAAUGUUUCUGAAGAAUCUCCGGCCACAGCCGUGCCGGAAAAAGUUCCCGGCGGCGAAUCUCCGGCUGAAAAAGUUACCGGCGAAGAAUCUCCGGCGGGAAUGUCGGUAUCAUUGUUCGAUUAUUCAGUUGAGAAUCACUUUAAAGCAGUUGAUACUAUUUCUAAACUCACCGGUGUACCGGAAAUUGAUGAUACUGAUAAAGAUGAACUUAAUCGCUUAGCUUCCUCCAUCACAUUCUUAACAGAAUGGCGAUAUCUCAAUUACGAAAGCAGAGAAGUUAAAUUUGCUUGUGAGAAUGAGAGUUCUAAAGGAAAAGAUGUGGUUGGUGAAAUAAGUUUGCCUCAAUUCUCUUCGGCGGAGGUUCCGAAGAAGCAGUUGGUGAAUGAGCAGCCAGUUCCGAAGGAAUCGAGCAAAGACUUUGUAAUGUAUGUUGGAGGUCUGGUGUGGGGGAUGGACUGGUGUCCCCAAGCUUAUGAAAAUAGGGAUGCUCAUAUCAAAAGUGAGUUUGUUGCAAUUGCUCCUUAUCCUCCUGAUUCAUCACAUCACAAGAUUGGUGCCCCACUUACAGGAAGAGGUGUGAUUCAGAUAUGGUGUCUGUUAGAUCUCAUUCAAACAGAUUCAUUUGUGAAAGAAGAUUAUUUAGCUCAGGUUAACAAAAAGACAAAUCAAGAUCCGACAAAACGUGAAGCAGCUAAGGGAGAAACAUCUGAACCUCAAAAACCUAAAGGAAGACCGAGAAAGAACCCUGAUGAAGCAGUUAAGGGGGAAUCAUCUGGACCUAAAAAACCUAGAGGAAGACCGAGAAAGAAUCCUGAUGAAGCAGUUAUGGAAGAAGCAUCCGGACCUCGAAAACCACGAGGCAGACCUAGAAAGAAACCUGUAACUGAAUCUUUAGGUGAUAGAGAUUGUGACGACGACAAUUUACACCCUCUUGCCAUAGAGUACCCGCAGCAAUCAACUGAACUUCCUGUACAUUUGUCUUGUGGAAAUAUGAUUAAAGCCCAAGUUGAUUUUGGGCAAAAUCAAGAAAGAUCUGUUAAUGCGGCAUCUCUAGAUUCUCAGCUUACUGCUUCAAAGAGGAGAGGGGUGAGAAACAAGGCAAGAUUGAAAGGUCAAACUGAGAAUUCUGGUGUGACUUCGUUAACACAAGAUGUUGCUGAAGAGUCUCCAGUUGUGAGUUCCCAGACAUAUGUUAGCAAUGGUCUUGUUUCAGCAGGGUCCAAUGAGAGUGGUGCCUCUGCAAAGAGAAGAAAAAAAGAAAAACAAAGAACGGAAAACCAAACCCAUGAUUCUACCUUGCCCUUGCUAAUGCAAGAUGUGGAUGAAGAAUCUCCCAACAUGUCCCAAAUACCUGAGAGCCCUGGCAUUGUUUCCUCACGGUUUGAUGAGAAUGGUUGUCAUAUAAUGCAGCACAUACCAAUGGAUGUUUCUCUACCUAGAAUGGUAUUAUGUUUAGCUCACAAUGGAAAAAUAGCAAGGGAUGUUAAAUGGAGGCCUUUAAAUCAUCGUGAUGUCUCCAGACAUAGAAUGGGUUAUCUUGCUGUGAUACUGGGAAAUGGAGCUUUAGAAGUGUGGGAGGUUCCUUUUCCUCAUACAAUUAAAGCUGUCUAUCCUUCACUUCAAAAGAAGGGUACUGACCCUCGUUUCCUGAAAUUGCAACCUGUAUUCAGAUGUUCAAUGCUGACGUGCUCUGAUGGGCAAAGCAUUCCGUUAACAGUGGAGUGGUCUGCUUCACCUCCGCAUGAUAUGAUUCUCGUUGGAUAUCAUGAUGGAGUGGUUGCCUUGUGGAAGUUUUCAGCCAAUAAUUCAUCUAAAGUCUUUUUGCCUGCAGACACGAGGCCUUUGCUUUGCUUCAGUGCAGAUACAGGUCCUAUUCGGGCGCUUUCCUGGGCACCAUUUGAAAGUGAUUCCGGGAGUGCAAACAUUAUCAUCACAGCUGGUCACAAGGGGCUGAAAUUUUGGGACUUAAGGGAUCCCUUCCGUCCUUUGCGGGAUUAUAACGUGGGCCAGGGAGUGAAUAUAAGCGGUGUGGAUUGGUUGCCAGAGCCAAGAUUUAUCGUAAUAUCAUGUGAUGAUGGGACACUAAAGAUCCUGAGCUUGCCGAAGGCUGCAUAUGAUGUACCUGUCACAGGAAACCUUUUAGUUGGGACGAAACAACAGGGAUUCCAUAAUUUCACUCGGUCUCUACUUGCGAUAUGGAGUGUGCAAGCUUCUCCAGUAACAGGCAUGGUUGCAUAUUGUGGGGCAGAUGGUACAGCUGCUCGGUUUCAGAUGACUAGCAGAAUGGUGAGUGAUGCUAUGAGGAAUCGUACCCCACAUUUUCUGUGUGGAUCAUUUUCCGAGGCUGAAUCAGGUAUCACUGUCGUUACUCCAGUGCCAAAUAUUCCCUUUCGAAUGAUCUACUCAGGGAAACAGUGGCGAGAUGCCAUCCCGAGAUCUCCACAUGGUGUCAACCGAGCGAUAGAGCAAUCAGAUCAACAGCCGCUGGCUCUAUGUUAUGGCAAUGAUCCGAACGUUGACGGAGGAUCAGAUGACGAGUUAGUGGCUCAGAAGAGUAAUCAAACGUCCAAAACAAAAACAAAAACCACGAGCAAGAGUACGGAAGCUGUUGAAGAAGAGCAAAAAAGAUUGAAGGAGAAAUUUGAAGUGUUGCCUCCCAAAAAUUUGUCGAUCAAUCGAGUAAGAUGGAAUAUCAACAAAGGUAGUGAGAGAUGGCUAUGCUACGGAGGAACUGCCGGGCUGGUACGCUGUCAAAAGAUUGAUUUAUAUACUGUUUGAGUAACUAACUACGAGAGGAGGAUGUAGAUUGUAAGCUUGUAUUAGUAUUAAAUUAGUAAUGUAUACACUAUCUAUAAGUUAUCCCCUUAGAAUUAGUCUAUGUUGUUGUAUGUAUAUUAGCAAUUUCAAGAGAAGUAUUGGGGUUCAUUGAGCAUUGUUCAUUAACCCCUCCUUGAGAACUUAAGGCUAUGUUUGUAAUUGUAAACACUCGGUGCGAGUAAGUCUUAACCUAGUGUAGUGCUUAGUUUUUAAUGAAUAAUAUCUUUACUUUACCAGAAAAAUAAAACGAGCAUUAAUGUUUC